ACUCAGCCUAGUCAAGCUCACUUUGAUAGACUGGAAGCAACUUCCUAGAAAUCCAAUACCAAUCUUGUUAAUCCAUUAUACCAUUAUAAAUACCAUAUAUACACAUACAGUUGCAGUUGCAGUUGGAGAUCAAUGGCAAUUGCUCAGCUUCACUUCGUGCUGGUCCCACUGCUCGCUCAAGGCCACAUGAUCCCCAUGAUCGACAUGGCCAGGCUUCUCGCGGAGCACGGCGUCACCGCCAGCCUCGUCACCACGCCUCACAACACCCCACGCUUCGCCAAGAGCAUCCAGCGCGCCCGCGCCGCCGGCCUCCUCAUCAACCUCAUCGAGCUCCCCUUCCCCUCCCUCGAGGUCGGCCUCCCCCCUGGCUGCGAGAAUCUCGACAGCCUCCCCUCCCGCGACCUCAUCCGCCAUUUCUACGCCGCCCUCCACAUGCUCCAGGCCCCCCUCGAGCACUUCCUGGCCCACCACGACCCCCCUCCCAGCUGCAUCAUCUCCGACAAGUGCCUCUCCUGGACCUCCGCCACCGCCCAAAAGUUCCGCAUCCCGCGCCUCGUCUUCCACGGCAUGUGCUGCUUCUCCCUCCUCACCUCCCACAAUCUCAAACUCCACAGCCCCCACCUCGCCGUUCAAUCCGAAUGGGAGCCUUUCCUCAUCCCGGGCCUGCCCGUCCGCGUCGAGAUAGCCCGCGCCCACCUCCCCGGCUCCUUCGUGGCCCUCCCCGACCUCGACGACAUCAGGGAGCAAAUGCACCAGGCGGAGUCCGACGCCUACGGCGUCGUCGUCAACACUUUCCCCGAAUUGGAGGCCGGCUGCUGCGAGGGGUACCGGAACGCGAUGAACAAGAAGGUCUGGUGCAUCGGGCCGGUAUCCCCGUGCAACCGGGAUUCCAAGGACAAAUUCGAGAGAGGGAACGAGGCUUCGAUCGAGGAGAAAAAGUGCUUGGAGUGGCUGGAUUCGAAGAAGGAAAAAUCAGUGGUGUACGCGUGCCUGGGGAGCCAGUGCAGGCUGGUGGGGGAUCAGCUGAAGGAGAUAGGGCUAGGGCUGGAAGCUUCCAAGCAUCCGUUUGUUUGGGUGAUAAGCAGAUACGGGGAGAUGGAGAAGUGGGUGGAGGGGUUCGAGGAGAGGACAAAGGGGAGGGGGCUGGUGAUAAAGGGGUGGGCGCCGCAGCUCCUCAUCUUAUCCCACGCCGCGGUCGGGGGAUUCCUGACGCACUGCGGGUGGAAUUCGACGAUCGAGGGGGUGUGCGCAGGGGUGCCGAUGCUGACGUGGCCAAUGUUCGCGGAGCAGUUCGUGAAUGAGAAGCUGAUCGUGGAUGUGUUGAGGAUAGGGGUGCGCGUGGGGGUGCAGAUGCCCGUGAGAUGGGGCGAGGAAGAGAGGGUGGGAGUUGUUGUGAGGAAGGGGCAGGUGAAGGAGGCGGUGGAAGUGUUGAUGGAGGGUCAAGAUCGCCGGAGGAGGGCUCGGGAUUUAGGAGUUAUCGCCAUGAGUAAGAUGGAAACGGGAGGAUCUGCUCAACGUAAUAUCGCGCUUCUCAUUCAGGAUAUUCUCCACCAAUCACGUCUCAUUUCAAAUUGAUGUCUCUUAUUGUACAAAACCUUAUUUUGGGAACAUAUAUAACUACCCAAAUUUGUCAUAAAAGAGACUAUAAAUUUUGUAAUUUGUUUGACCUACUGAAAUAAGUAAAAGUUUCAUCUUA